GAAUGUUCUUCCAAAUAUAUGAUUUAUAAUUAUAAUAAAUUACUUAUAUAGGAGAUAAUUUGACAAAGUUAUCGUAAGAUUAUUAGAUUAGCUGUAUUGAAAUUAUAUUCGUUUAUCUUUGUUUACGUUGCACAGCACAUUGAUCAGUCACAUUCAUAAGUCUUUGUUCGUAAUUCGCAUUAUAUACAAUAAUGAAAAUAUCUCGUCAAGCAUUACUUUUAUCAUCGUCUAAUUGUCAUGGAUAUUCGCUUCUUGAAUUUGCUAAACAAGAAAUUUCUUCCUUUUUACAGAAAAAUGGAGUCACCCAAUUAAUUUUUGUGCCCUAUGCGCAAAACAAUCAUGAUGAUUACACAAAGAAAAUUAAAGAUGUUAUUGAACCAUGGGGCUUUAAUGUGACUGGCCUGCAUACUUACCCAGAGCCAACUACUGCUAUAAAAUCUGCCAAAGCAAUUUUUAUUGGGGGUGGGAAUACUUUUCUCUUAUUGAAGAAAUUAUAUGAAAAUAACUUAGUAAAUCUUAUUAGAGAAAAAGUGAAUAGUGGAAGUCUAUUAUAUAUUGGAAGUAGUGCAGGAACAAAUGUAGCUACUAAGAGUAUCCACACAACAAAUGACAUGCCAAUAAUAUAUCCACCUUCAUUUGAAGCUAUAGGUAUUGUACCCUUUAAUAUAAACCCUCAUUAUAUUGACAAAAUAGAAACAGAUACACACAAGGGUGAAACAAGAGACCAACGAAUUGGUGAAUAUAUGGAAAUGCCACAUGCAAACCCAGUGCUUGGAUUGAGAGAAGGCUGUAUUUUACAUGCAAAUGGAAACUCUUUAUUACUCAAGGGUGUUGCUGGUGCAGUGAUUUUUAAAAAGGGAGAAAGCAAGGUUGAAUAUGCAGCUGGAGCAGAUGUAUCAUUUCUACUAGAUUAAUAAAACAAACAACAAAAUAGUGGUUAUAUAACAAUGUUGCAGAAGUUUUUCGUCUAUUCAUAAGUAUUAAACAGACAAAUAUAUAAAAUGA